ACCAACCGCUCCACACACACACACACCAUGCGGCUCGCACUCGCCAUCGUAGCCCUCGCGGCGUCCGCGCUCGCCGCGCCAGCCGACUCAAGCUCGUCGGCGUCAACAUCAGCAAGCAAGACGACAAAGUCUUCCUCGGCCAAGUCGAGCGCGACGAGCACCACGUCCGCGGUGCCGAGCCCCACCGUCUCGCCGGGGUUCAGCGGCGACGGGCAGACGCGCGUCACGUUCCCCGGCCACUCGGACUGGUGGGUGACCGGCGCACUCAACAACCUCCGCUGGCGGUGGGUCGCGAGCGCGCAGACGCUCGUGUCCUUCACGCUGCACAACGACGGGACGACCAAGACGCAGGGCGGGCCAGACACUGGGACCAUGGUCGCGCAGGGCAUCAACGGCACGGCGCAGCGCAUCGACGUGACCCUCUCGUACUUAAACCAGGACCCCGGAGACGGCUACUUUAUCGUCAUGUCGGAUUUCUACAACCCGAGUCAAAUCUACGCCACGAGCCAAACAUUUACCCUGAAGCCAGCAGGUAACCCCAUCAAGGCCGCUGGCGCGUCCGCCCUCGCCGCCCCCGGCGUGCUCGUCGGCGCCGGUGCCGUCCUAGCCGUGGCUGCCGGCGCCAUGGUUUGACCUCCGCGCCGACCGCGGGCCCCGGUCUUCUUUCGCUCUUACGACAUCUCGUUGACCUGUCACGUUCACUUCGUUUCGCUGUUUGGUUUGUUGGCCGCCCUCGCGCACGCGCAUUCACGUAGACACGCCUGGGGUGUGGACAUUCGCGCAGGGCAUGCAGUUGGGUUUCGAUGAGGGGUGGAUCUGAUCUGAUCUGAUUUAGUUGUGUAAGUGUGUAAGAUCUGG